AUGGUCUUUUCUGUUGCAUUUAACCAAAUAGACAGCAGAGUGGUAGUGUGUGAACUGCUAUAUCUGCGUACAGGAACACGGUGUGCUCAGAAGUGCCAUGGUUAUGGACUGUCCAGAUGUGACUAUUGUGUGUACUUUUGUCUUUUUAGUGAUGAAGCAGCCAUUAUCUCAGGGACAAAGCUCGCUAAACAAGUCUUGAAGGAAGUUCAAAGGGAUGUGGAAUCGUGGAUAUCCUGUGGGAACAAGAGACCUCAUCUCACUGUCAUAUUAGUAGGAGACAACCCAGCUAGUCAUAUCUAUGUCAGAAAUAAGGUAAAAGCAGCUGCAGCUGUAGGAAUUUCUAGUGAGGUCAUACUGAAGCCUAAAUAUAUUUCUCAGGAAGAACUCUUGGAUAUGACAUUAAAACUCAACAAGGACUCAGCAGUUAGUGGUGUAUUAGUUCAGCUGCCUCUCCCAGACCAUAUAGAUGAGCGGACAGUUUGUAACGCUAUCGCACCUGAAAAGGAUGUGGAUGGAUUUCAUAUUAUCAACAUUGGACGUCUGUGUCUCGAUCAGCCAUCUGUAAUACCUGCCACUGCUGCUGCUGUCUGGGAAAUCAUAAAGCGGACAGGAAUACAAACAUUUGGGAAAAAUAUUGUUGUAGCUGGGAGAUCUAAGAAUGUUGGAAUGCCCAUUUCAAUGCUUCUGCAUACUGAUGGAGAACAUGAAAGGCCUGGAGGAGAUGCUACAGUGACCAUUGCACAUAGGCACACACCAAAGGAACAGCUCAAGAUCCAUACUCAACUUGCUGACAUUGUCAUAGUAGCUGCAGGUAAUGUGGUUAGUACAACCAAAAAACAAUGUUUAAAACCCAAAAAGAAAAGCUUGGAGUCAAUUGGUGGCACUACUUGGUAUUUCAUGUAUUUUACCAAAUAAGUGGUGCUCAUGCUUGCCAAGGGUGUCAUAGUGUGCAGGAUUUCUUGUAAGAUGGACAGGUGAUCUGGCACUUUGUUCCUGUCCUUCGUAUUUGUAGACUCGUAAACUGUUUCUCAUCACGUGUGACACCUUUCCCUUAGGGAGACUUCAGAAUGAACUCCAGAUUGGGAACCAGUUGGUGUGUAGUUUAUACAGGUAUAAUUAUGUAAAUUAAGACAUUCUCUGUGCUGUGCAAAAAUCAUGAGUCAUCUAAUUUUUGGCAGGAGGUUUUCUUUAAAUCAGCUGGAGGUGCCAUUCAUAAAAGACAAUGGUAUCUUUCUCUUGCUGUUUGAAUUAAGAGCAAACGUAGCAAAUUAAAUAGUAAUUUUGGUAACACAUACAUGUUAUUCAUAGCUGGUUUUUUGUUUGUUUACAAUUAUCAUGUCAAGAGGAAGAAAAUGAUAAGUGCAAAAAGGAGGGGCUCUGAAAGAUCUGUGAAAUACUUUGUUUGGAUUUUCUAGGACAAAGAAAUAAGCAGUGCUACUUCUGAGCAAUCUUUGGUUUUACUUUACUGAUAUCUAUUGAUGGAAAUAAAAAUUAAACUUAAAAACAAACCAGUCUUUGAUAAAAUUCUGUAUCCCGUACAACUUGAGAUAUCUUCCUUCUCUUGUAUGACUUUGGAGGAUCAUAAAUGGGGAGAAAUAUGAGCAUAUUUACUCUUUUCUGCUCCUUCCCUCCCUGCUCCCCAUCCUUGAAAUGUAAUCUUGGGAAGUUAUUUUUCCAGAUGAAGACAGGCACAUGUCUAAAUCUCCUUGCUUCUUGGUGAAGCAAGAUGUCCAUUCCUUCAGGGCUUCAUUGCACUGUCAUCCCUUUCUUGUGCUAGGUCAGGAACAAGAAGUGGCUUAGUUCUCCCACAUGUGAUUAGCCAACUGUGGGUCAGACUGGAAUUCACAUGCUGUGGAUGAAAAAUAACGUGUACAUUAUUUGGAAAUAAAGCAGUAAUAUCAACAUUCACUGCUGCUGAUUUAAUCAUAGUUCGGGGUUUUUUACAUGCUGAACAGUUUGUCAUCAGUUAGACUUGUAGUUAAACACUUCAGUAGCAAUUUAGCUGCGUUCAUUCUUCUCAUUCAUUCAUUCUCCCUGUGUCUUUUGUAAGAGGAGCAUGAUACAACAGUUAUUACACAAUGUGAGAUAGACUUGAAGUGAUGCACAAUCCAGCUCUGCAUUUUUUUAAAAAGUGUGCAGCCCUGCCCACUACCACUCUGUCUCUUCUCAAAGGAAGUGAAAGAGAAAAUAACAGAGGAAAAGCCCCUUACUACCAAAACCUUGCUACAUAAACUCUGUGCGCUAUGUAUAAUAGCAAGAUUCCUAUUAUCUAUCUGUGAGGAAUUUCUUAUUCACUUUCAUCCAUGGCUGUCGAAUAAGCCAAAUCAGACGUUCAUGUUUUUACUCUAGGCUUUGAGAAUGCCCGUCUUGAGAAGUUGUCUCUUGUUUAUUUCCAUCCAAGAGAAUUGGCUGUGCAGCUCUUCUUCUUUGUAGCUAUUGAUGCUGUUCCUUUCUUCUCAUUCCCUCCCAACUUGUUGCAUCAUAAGGCCAUCCCUCCAUAAAGUCAGUGUGUCUGCUCCCAGCCAGAACUGCCUAAGCUCUGUGCCACACAGCUUUUGCCUUUUUGGCUAACGUAUAAUGUUUCCUUCUCACCCUGUCCCUUUGGAUAUAACCUGUGGCUCUUCUGUAUGGAAACUGCUAAAUUCCUGGACUGCUUGAUUCAGCCUGUGGCUGGUUUGCUUUCUCAGUAUUUUACUGUUUUACAAUCCUUAUAUCUAAACUGGGAUCAUAUAGGACUUGUUUGCUUGUUUGUUUGAAGCAUGCUUCACUGUUUUCUACAAAGCUAGAAAGGAAAAAAAAAUUCCCACAUUGUUCAAUCGCUGCAUUUUAGGAAUUGCUACUCCAACGCUUAUCUCUCCCUGCUUGGUAUGCAAAGCAGGCUUAAGUAAAUGGAUCUGUUCAUUUGCUUUGGGGGUUAGUUU